GCACUCACUCAGUCCAAACCUACCAAUCACACAUCACUCACUCCGCCACAGGAGCCAAUAUCCAUCCAUCAAUGGAGUCCACGCCGGCGCCUCCUCUCCUUACGCCUCACAAGAUGGGCCAGUUCGACCUCGCGCACAGGGUUGUGCUGGCGCCACUGACGAGGCAACGGUCCUACGGCAACGUGCCGCAGGCGCACGCGGCGGUGUACUACGCGCAGCGGGCGACCAAGGGCGGGCUGCUCAUCGCGGAGGCGACGGGGGUGUCGGACACGGCGCAGGGGUGCAAGGACGCCCCUGGCGUGUGGACGGAGGAGCAGGUCGACGGGUGGAAACCCGUGGUCGACGCCGUGCACGCCAAGGGCGCGCUCUUCUUCUGCCAGAUAUGGCACGCCGGGCGCGUCUCCAACUACAAGUUGCAGCCGAAUGGGCAGGCACCGAUAUCGAGCACCGACAAGCAGGUGAGCCCGCAAAUGAGCGCCGACGGCCGUCUCGAGGAGUUCUCGCCGCCGAGGAGGCUCGCAAAGGAUGAGAUACCUAACGUCGUCAACGACUUCAGAGAAGCCGCAAGGAACGCCAUCGCAGCCGGGUUCGACGGUGUUGAAAUCCACGGUGCCUACAGCUACCUCAUUGAGCAGUUCCUCAAGGACAGUGCCAACGACCGCACUGAUGAGUACGGCGGAAGCCUCAAGAACCGAUGUCGCUUUGCGUUGGAGGUGGUGGGCGCCGUUGUCGAGGAGGUUGGUGGCCACCGCGUGGGCAUCAGACUAUCUCCCUUCACCGACUACAUGGAUUGCCAUGACUCGGACCCUCAGGCUCUUGCCCUCCACCUCGUCAAAAAGCUCAACGACUAUGGCAUCCUCUACUGCCACAUGAUCGAGCCAAGGAUGGCGCACGUCGAUGGCCGACGCCAGGUCCCGCACCGCCUGCUGCCUUUCAGAGAGGCCUUCAACGGUACCUUUAUCGCUAAUGGAGGGUAUGACCGAGAGGAAGGGAACAAGGUGAUCGGCGAGGGGUACACCGACCUCGUCGCUUAUGGGCGGUUGUUCCUGGCAAACCCAGACCUACCGAGGAGGUUUGAGUUGAGUGCGCCGCUCAAUGACUAUGACAGGAUGACAUUCUAUACCCCCGACCCUGUCGUGGGCUACACCGAUUAUCCAUUCCUCGACUAAUAAAGCAGCUUCCUGCAAAGCUUGAACGAUGGAAGAAACAAAAAGAAGAAGACGAACAAGAAGAAGAAGAACACGAAGAAGAAGAACAUCGUCAUCAAUCAUCUACUAUACCUUUCCAAAAUUUGGUUAUGCAAAAAAAUGACACAAUUAUGAUGCUCAAUCAUCUUCUUAUUUCAAUAAAAGAGUAACAAGUGACUUUUGCA